UUCAUUGGUCAAUUUCCAACAGUUUAUCCUACGAUUACAUCUCGUGAGAUUGAUUUGUUUAGAUUUAUCGGUAUACCUAAAAGAACACUUAUGAUGGUUUGAAAAGACUUUAUAAAUCAAGAUAGCUGUACCUAUACGAGUGACGGAUAAAAUUCUAUGUACAUUUACGUCAGUUCAUUCGCGAGUAAAUUUUCUUCCUGCGCGGUGUGUACGAGAUUUGUGUGCUGUGCUUCGUCGCGAGAUCAUCAUGUAUAAAAUUUUGAUCUUCUGCCUGUUUAUCUACACCAUCGAUGCAGUACCACCACAAGCACCUUACUACGGUACGAAAAUCUCACCAGAUGUGGAAAUAUUCGAUCCGAGAUUCGUAACGAAAAAACCCAAAACUUACACACCAGUGAAACCAAAUCGUAAACCAACGACAACGCCGAAAAUUCCAACGUAUCCGUCUAAAGAACCGUACACUCCACCGACCCAGUAUCCGACGAAACCACCAUCGAGUAGCAAAAAACCCUUCUUGACGACCAAAGUACCUCCUGUUUAUUCUUGGACAUCGAAAAAACCAUUAAACUUCCCAUCUCCUAUUUUCCCAUCGUUUUCGUUCAAUAAUACUCCAACGUUUUGGUCAACUUCAUCGACUACGUAUCAACCACCUCGUACUUUUACAACCCCUAAUAGCAUUUAUCCUUCGUCUAGAUGGCCUCCUAAUCCACCCAAACCUUCGUUUUUCCCAUCAUCCUCUCAGGGCACUCAGGGUACAGUUUGGCAGCCGAAAUACCCCAGCACUGUGGGGUCUGGCCCGACAGGUACUCCUGCUUGGAUCUACCCUCCUCGACCAUCUUGGCCACGAUCGCGUCAUAAUGUGAUUCCCAGUCUCAGUACGAAUAAUCGUGUCAUCGAAGCUGCAGACGAUGCAGAAGAAGGUGGUCAUUCGAUAACCGGUUCAAUUUCCGAGUAUCAAGCUUAUAACGAAGAAGAUGGAAGUUUCAAAUUGGGAUUCGAACUUCGUAACGGCUUAUCGGCCAAAGUACACGGUUACAAGAAGAAUGGCAAACUUGUAUUAGAAGGUUCGUACUCGAUAUUUACCGAAGAUGGCAAACCAGUAAAUAUUGUUUACAAAACAGACGAAAACAACUAUCGAGAUAGCGAGCCGACUAUCUUCCAUUUAGAUAUACCUUCUUUCGACGACCAAUCGAACCUUGAUGACGAAAACGAAGACCAAAAUGUGAAUCUAGUUCCUACGUAUGUUCCAUAUCAUCUCAAUAGCACUACUGACAGUAGUAGUGGAAUUUUUAACGUUGAUCAAUCCGACGAAGAUGAAGACGAAGACGACGACGAACGAUUUUCUGAUUUAAUUUUGGUACCGACUACGCAACAAUCUGACGAUGAAGAAGUUAUAUCUACGACAGAAAAUUUAAACUAGGUAAUAGGUGUAAUUCUAGCAGUUGCAAAUUUGUUUUUCUAGUCUUCGCAAGAGUAUGUCUAUUGUCUAUAUAUUUUCUUCAAUAUUUUGAAAGUUAUUUUAUUUUCUAUGCACCACUAUAUCAAACCUAGAUACAUAUGAACAUGGUACAAACAACCAUCCUAGUCAAUUCAAAACUAAAUCGUACAAAUAAAAACAAGAAUAUCUACCUAAAUUGAUUUCAUUAUGAUUGCUUUUAAUUAAUAAUAGGUACCUAAACCUACUUUGUAAUUUUUUACUUUUACUUGUGUAAACAAAUGUAAAAUAAAUUAAUUUAUUGAAAAUA